AUGGCGUCGACUUCGCGCCCGCACCAGCAGGACUUCAUCGCCAGAAUCCGGUACUCGAAUACGCUGCCGCCGCCUCCGAACCCGCCGAAGCUCCUUGACAUCCCGAACACUGGCCUGUCUAGCGGCCAGUACACUGCGCCAGGCUUCGCAUCGAGGCUGGCCAGGGAGCAGCCGCUCAACAUCGAGGCCGAUGCAGAACUCGGCAUGCCGUUGGACCUGGUGGGCAUGCCAGGCGUAUUCGAUGGUGAUGAGAGUUCUAUCCAGGCCCCCGCGCAACCUCCGCCUAUCCAUCCGCAUGAUCGGGCUCUACUCCGACCUCUGCAGACCCUCGGCAAGCCCAAGGUCUCCGAACCGAACGUAUCCUUCCUUCGACGCACAGAAUACAUCUCUUCAAACUCAUCAAAGGGCAAGCCUGACGCAGGCCCAUUGCGAGCCCUAAACCCAAACCCCAUCAAGCGAUCCCUGAAACGUCCCUCGCCCGAGCCGGACAAGGACUCUCCGGCCUACGUCAAGCGGAAGAUCGACCAGAGCUUUGCUAUAGCAGCGGCCAAUCUCAAGGACAAGUCCCGCAUCAAGCAUCCCUCGAAGCGCAAUGUCAAGUGUGUCGAGGCUUACCCCAUGGUUCCCGACCUCGACGCAUUCCCCGACUCGGGUGCCUACGUGACCGUCAAGUUCACCAUCAACCCCUUGCCUCCCUCUCGAGUCUACGACAAGCGCUUACUUGGCGGCCUGCUGCGACCUAUCGAGAGAAGCCAAGAGGAAGAGGAGGCCUACAACCUUGCUAGACUAGCCCAUGAGCGAGACCCUCGCAGCUUUCCCAAGCCAUCCGCAGGCACAAACUACGACUUCUUCCUCGGCGAUACUGUGGAGACGACAGAGAAAUUCAAACAGAAAUUUGAUGUUGAGAAUCCGGACCACGACGACCCGGCCCUGUACACAAACAACAAGGGCGAUCGGCCCAAAUUCUCGUUCCCACGAGUGCGCGCGUACGAGACGGUGCACGAGACAGAGCUGGACCACUCAGCCAAGUACGACGAGGAGCUCGUGCUGUCAUUCAACGAGGACGAGAUGAUCGACCAAAAGGCCGUCUUUUACUAUCCCGUCAUUCAGAAGUCCGUUAUCAAGCCCCAGCGCACCAAGAACAUUGCCCGCACGGCAGGAUCUGGAGACAUGGACGACACGCCCACCGACCAACUCGACGUUACGGUUGAUGAGCCUCACGAUGGCUUGCGCGCACUCAUGGCUCACUACAAGGACAAGCCGUACGAGCCAGCCGACGAGGAACUGGCGCUGGGAGGGGGACCCGAACAGCAGCUGCAGCAGGAGGAGGCCGCUGCUAAUGGCCAUGACGAGGAGCAGGAGACGAACGGAUACGCCCAACAGCGGGCCAACGUCUCGGACGAUGAUCAAGACGCCGAGGGCGACGAGGAAGAGUGA